AUGAAGCAAGUUGCCACUUCCCUCGCCAUUGCGGCCAUCUUUGCUGGCGCCUCUGCCACACCCACCCCCGCCGCUGCUCCCGUCGCUCCUUGCGGCCUCAUCAAAGCUGCCCAGGCUGCUGGCAACAAGACCGUCUCUGCACAGACUGCCUACGACUGCUUCCGCUCCGUCCCUCUGGGCAAGCAGCAGGGUAUCAACCUGGUCGAUGCUCUCGUCCCCUACCUCGAGUGGCAGUCUGACGCCACUUACAAGGCCAACCCUCCUGCCUCAUACUCUUACCCUGGCUACGACUUUAAGGCCGGUCUCAAGACUGUUCGCGACAACCUCGUCAACAACAAGUAUGACUCGGAAUAUGCCUUCCAGGCCGAUCUGUUGACCAAGGUCUUCUUCCCCGGCCACGACGGUCACAUGUACUACUACCCCGACUUGAUUGCCCGUGCUACCAAGUUCGGCCGUACCAACGCCCUCGUCUCCAUCUCCGAGGACGGUAGCUCUAUCCCCGUUAUCAAGUUCAACGACGAUGUUACCGCCCUGGGCAGCAAGGCCCUCCGCGUCACCAAGAUCAACGGCGUCGACGCUUCCACCUUUAUCCAGAACGAGGCCAAGGUUGGCUGCGGCUCCCAGGAUGCGGAUGCCUGCUACAACCAGCAGUUUGUCGAAAAGGCCAUCGGUAUUCUCGGCUCCAAGAAGGGCGGCCAUGCCGACAGCGGCCGCAGCUCAUUCCUCUUCCAGGGCGCCACCACCACUUACACCAUGUCCGACGGUACCACCCGCACCUACGACAACAUUGCCACCAUCAAGGGUGACUUCAGCAAGGUCACCGAUGGCAAGACCUUCUACAGCAACUUCUGCAAGCCUGUUCAGCCUCCCGUCGACAACACCACACCCGUGGCUUCGGUCAACGGCGCCAUUCCCGGCUACCCCACGCCUGUCGUGAUGACAGACGACGGUAUCGUCUCCGGCUUCUACCUCGAGGGCAAGGGCUACGAGGAUGUUGCCGUCAUCGCCCUCUUUGCCUUUGAGAACUCCAACAAGUACGAAUUCCAGGAUGUGAUUGAGAAGUUCUUCGCCCAGGCCCGCAAGGACGGCAAGACUAAGCUCGUUGUUGACUUCCAGGGCAACGGCGGUGGCUACAUUCUCCACGGCUACGAUUUCUUCAAGCAGCUCUUCCCCAGCCACGACAUCAAGCCCGAUGGCUACUCCCGAUGGAGAGCUAACGAGGGCUUCCUCGACAUUGCCGAUGUCUACUCCCAGAACACCGCCAACUACCCCAACUCGACCGCCACAGCCAACAGCUGGUUCUCAUGGCAGGCCGAUCUUAACACCAAGGGCAACCACUUUACUAGCUUCGACAACAAGUUCGGCCCUGUGACCAUCAACAACGACCCUUACACCAACAUCAUGGCCUACGACCUCGAUAACAAACAGACCUUUGGCGACUUCUCCGUUACUGGCUACGGCGAUCGCAAGGACGGCUUCACGGCCCCCUUCAAGGCCGAGGAUAUUGUUCUCCUCUAUGACGGCUACUGUGCCUCGACCUGCACCCUUGCCUCAGAGAUGCUGCGCAUCCAGGCUGGCGUCAAGUCCGUCACUUUUGGUGGCCGCCCCAACAAGAACGGUAUGCAGGGUGUUGGUGGUAUCAAGGGCGCCCAGGUCCUCGGCAUGAUUAACAUCAAUGCCUACAUUAAGAACGCUGCCAAGAACACCAAUGACCCUGACUCCCUGAAGGAGUUUGCUCGUUACAACUCGCUCCCCUUCCAGCGUGCUACCAAGGCUGGUCUCAACGUCCGCGAUCAGAUCCUCCGCGGCAACGUCGCUGAUGGCCUCCCCGCCCAGUACGUCUACGAGAAGGCCGACUGCCGUCUCUACUACACCCAGGAAAUGCUUACAGACAUCACGGUUACCUGGAAGGCCGCUGCCGACUCUGCCUUUUUCAACGCCAAGUGCGUUGAAGGUGGCAUCACCCACGCUAAGCGCGAGACUACUGCCGACGAGUACAUUAGUAGAGCUGAGACUGCUCUCCUCCGCCGUGGCACCAACAAGCUUGCUGGCCACUACCCCAAGGAGGAGCACAGUGCUGAGUGGCUCGAUGAGCAGCUCCAGAAGGUCCAAUAAAGAAGGAUCUUGAAGGACAAACAUACUCUGUAAAAUAGUAAAAGAGAAGAAAGGACCAAAGAAGAGAACCUUAGAGUUACAUAGCAGCGAUUUUGCACAUAAUGACGAAUUUGAUUUACAAAUACAUAUAGAGGAUGCCUGUCCAAGAACGUGACCAAAACAAUAGAUAUUAUUCGCGUGUAUAAUAGUAGUAUAGCUACAGUAGCUUGUACACAGGUGAAGACUUUUUUUCCCUGCAGCACAUUAGCGUAUGUUACGUUACGAUGGGGUUGGCAGCCCAGCUAUUCCAGACCCAGGUUAGGAGACCUCUAAGUUAUGUCCUG